AUGGGCGCCGUCAUGACAUUUUGUACCUUCGGACAAGUUUUUCAAACACCGGUUAAAAGUCCGCGAAAUUGUUCGCAGUUUAUGUCGGCUUUUCAAGUACCUUGUUGCCGCUAGAUCAUGAAUUUCCGUGUUUUGUAGGCGGAAUUUAGACACCAUGUCUGAGAAGAAUGAUUUUCAGGUAUUUUUGUAUCUUUAUAUGACUUAAAAAACAAAAAAUACAAAGAUUUAAAGUGCAAAACUAGAUUUUUUUACUCUUUUGAGAUGUUGCGUCUGCUGUCAAAUUUGACAGAUGAUUUGAGCGCUUCAGUUAAAAAAUGAGGUUAUUUAUGGUGAAAUUAUGUUUUUAUUUGUCAACUUGCAUCCUCAAUGUAAUAUAUAACACCAAGUAUUUAGCAGUUUAAGUUUAAAAUGUGAAUUUUAUCGAAUAAUCCCGAUUUUCAGUGGUUUUACUUCUUAGCAACAGUGUAUACAAAGGAAUUGCCUCCCUUCGUAACAUAGUUACAGACCAAGAGUAAUCGUUCAUGUUAUCGAUCGAUUUACUGUACUAUAGAAAUAUAACAAUAGUGAGUAACUAUAGUCUCUGUAGCGCAGUCGGGAGAGUGAAGGACUAACAUGUUAGAGGACCGAAGUUCGUAACCUUGAACCACACUUUUUUUUUUUUUUUUUUUUAAUUUUUUUAUAGUAUGCAUUCAUUAAAUAAAUUGAAAUUGUACCUGUAACAGUGCUUCAUAGAUAUUUUGUAAGAAGGGAAAAUAUUUGUUAAUAUUACCUCAUUUACUAUCGUACCUGAGUUAUUUUAACUGGAUAACUGGGACAACAUUUAUCAUUUUAUAUUUUAUUCUAGAUUAUAUCGAUUAUAACUAUCAUCGAUCAUACAAUUUUAUCAAUAGAUUAUUAUAUUUUUUUUACUUUAUUUAAACGCAGGAAUUAGAUGAGUUAUAUGAGGAAUUUGGCAUUGUUAAUGAGACAGUCGAGAAGGUGCCACAUGCACAUGUAACAGAGGACAAGUUAAAUGAUGAUUGGGGAGACGAUGAUGAUGACCAACAUGCAGAGACAAUCAUAGGACGUGUCCAUGAGUUUGUCUACAGUGCUGCAGAGGGCAUGCCGGAAGGAUCAGAUGGGGAGAGGGGCGAGGGCGUUUUUGAAUCAGAGUCGGACGAUAAUGAUGUCACAAGUGUACAAUGUAAGUGUAAGACCAAUUGUUUGUCGCAGUUUGAUGCUGAACACAUUCAAGGGCAUAUAUUGUCUCUCAGGGAAAUGGAGAAAGACCAAAAGGAGAUGUUUGUUAUGGGAAGUCUGUUGAAAAUAGGUGCACAGGAAACCAGGAAAGGUAAACGUAAACGAGUUAGAUAUAGAUAUACAUUUGAUGGCAAAACUGUUUGUAAAUCUGUGUUCUGCCACAUUAAUGAUAUUGGGCAGAGAACUGUUAAAUCUUUACUAAAACAUUUAAAUUCAAAUGGACCGGUGCCGCGAAUACAUGGGAAUACCGGGAGAAAGCCAAGCCAUGCAGUUAAGUACGAGGACGUGCGUUUCUGUGUUGAUUUCCUGUUAUUAUAUGCAGAAAUCAACGGGUUAACAAUGCCAGCAGCACCACGCGGAGCAGACGAGGCUGCACCCGUACUGUUACCAUGUAAUACUACGAAAGUGGAUUUACAUUCAAAAUACCAACAAGCAUGUGUAGAAGCCGGCGUAAGAUGUCUUGGUAUAACUACAUUUAAAUGUGUUUGGAAGCAAUGCCUUCCACACAUUAAGAUAAUGACGGCAAAAGAUGACGUUUGUCAUAAGUGCGAGAUAAUAAGGAAACGGGUGGCUGAUGCUAUAAAUGAGAUGGACAAACUUGAGGCAGCAAACGAUUUACGAGAACAUAUACAGGAUGCACAGAGAGAGCGACAGGUUUAUAGACAGACAAUAGAGGAGGCUCGUGAGGAAAUGAGGCACACAUCAGUCACAGUCAAUCGACCUGCCCAGCCAUGCACUAGUGAUUUAUCAAAAGUGCACUAUACAUUCGACUAUUCUCAAAAUGUGACAAUACCACAUCAUAGUCAACAAAUGGGUCCUUUGUAUUUUGUUACUGGCAGGAAAAUACAAAUUUUUGGCGUCCGUGUUGAUUCUGUGUCACAACAAUAUAAUUAUCUUAUAGACGAGGAUGAAUCAAUUGGUGCUGAUGGUACAGGGACACACGGGCCAAACUCAGUUAUAAGUAUGCUACAUCACUGCCUCGAAAACCAGGGAUUUGGAGAGAAAGCUUGCAUCAUGCACGCUGACAACUGUGGUUCGCAGAAUAAAAAUCGAUUUAUGUUAGCGUAUCUGGCGUGGCGAAUUCAUAUGGGGCUCCAUGAUGAGAUAACACUCCUGAUGGGAAUUCCUGGUCACACAAAGUGUCUUGUGGAUGGAGGAUUUGGACAUAUCAAGAAGCUGUAUAGACGCACGGACUGCGACAGUAUUUCGCAGGUGGCAUCUGUCGUGAGAAAGUCUGCUUCAAGCAAUUUCCCCGUGCUCUUCCGCAAGGAGGAUGGAUGUCAGAAUUGGACUUGGUAUGACUGGAAGACAUUUUUGCCGCGCUUCUUUUUACCAUUAAGGGGUAUACAGCGGUAUCACUAUUUCCGUGUUACGAAGGAUGCUGUAUACGUGAAAGAGCGCUCAACUGACGUAGAGCAGCAGGUCACAAUCCUAAAGAGAAAUGCUACAGUACCAGAAGAUAUUCUCCCUGCAGUUUUGCUACCGGGUGGACUUUCCCGCGCAAGGCAGCAAUACCUGUACAAAAAUGUACGACCUUUUGUACGUCAGGUGUAUCGUGAUGUGACGUGCCCACCGUUACGGGAAGAAUGACAAUUUAGAUUUACAUGUACAAAUGUAAACAUGCAUUAUCUUUGUCUGUAUGUUUAGUCCUUAGAUUUGUUAUCAAUAAACUAGAUAUUUAUUUGAUAUAAGAAUGAUCUAUAUAUUUCAAGUUAUAAAAUUUUGUUAAUCGUAAAUUAACCAAUAUACUGGGUACAUAAGUGCUGAUCCGUUUAUGUGAUUUCUUCCGUUAUCGUUUUAUUUUUAUGAUUUUGAAGUUUGUAACUUCAGAGGACUGUAAAAUAAAUUCAUUUGGAGUUACUGUCUUUAUUGGUUCUUACACAAUCCAUUCUUAACACAAGGCAAUUCGGCAAUAAACCACGACGUUCUUUAAAACGUUCAACGUUUAAACAAACGUCGUCGUCGACGUCGGAGCAACACAUUGGUCUAUGUACAUAAAAAGAUAUAUCUUUGUCAUUUUUCAAGUUAUUUUCGUCAAAUAAAAAGUAAAAUCAUCUGUAAUAAUUGGUUUCUAUGAAAAUUAUGAAACCAAAAAAUCGAAGAAAAUUGCCCGAAGGGUCAUUUUGUCAUGACGGCGCCCAU